AUGGAUAGUAACUGGAAAGAUACUCUGAUUGUUCUCAUUCCAAAGAAUUCAAAUCCUUUGCUGCCAUCUAACUACAAGCAUAUAAGCUUAUGCAACUCAGUUUAUAAAGUGGCUGCAAAGGUCAUCUUGAACAGGUUACUUCAAGUUAUUCCUCUUCUUAUCUCGGAUGAGCAGGCUGCUUUUAUUAAAGGAAGGUCCGUUUCUGAUCAUGUAUUGAUGGCCCAGGAAAUGUUUCACAAGUUCAGGUAUUCCAAGGCUCCUAAAGGGAUGGUGUCCUAUAAAAUAGCUAUGGAGCAAGCAUACGACUCUAUGAGCUGGACAACGCUUAAACAGGUUUUGUAUUAUUUUGAAUUCCCAUCUAUGAUCUCCAAACUUAUUUUGGAAUGUGUAAUAAAUCUCAGAUUCUCUAUUAUUAUAAAUGGAAAGUUAUCAGGAUGGAUUAAAGCUGAAAAUGGGUUCCGUCAAGGAUGUCCCUUGCCCCCUAUAUUAUUUAUUCUGUGCUCCCAACGCCUUUCAAAUGCAUUUUCUUAUUCUUCUAUUGGGAUUAGCUUAUGUCCUAAUAGUCCACAAAUUUCACACUUAUUAUAUGCUGAUGAUGUUAUGAUCUUCACUGAAGCAUCCAGGAAGGCGGAUUAUGAAGUUAGAAGCAUUCUCUCUAAUUUCAGUAAGUGGACCGGGCAAAGCAUCAAUGUGGAGAAAAUGCUUAAUAUAUGGGGGACCAAAACAUUAUCUUUAGCUGAAAAGAUAGCAUUAAUCAAAUCUAUUAUUCUUGCAAUUCCAAACUACUACAGUACUCAUUCAUUGGUGCCGGUUCAACUGGUCAAAGAAGUAGAUAAAAUUUGCAGAGGUUUUCUUUGGGACAAAGCUGGAGGAAAUGCUGGGUUGCACUACAUAAGCUGGGAAGAACUCUAUAAGCCAUUGAAGGGUGGAGGAUGUGGUUUGUUUUCUUCCAUAACAAGGGUAGCUCCUCUUAGAGCUAGAUUGUCUUGGAGAUAUCUGCAUAAUAAAGACUCUUUCUUUCAUAGAGUUCUUGCCCCUAAGUAUGGUACCAUAUUUGGAGCAUCUGGGAUUAAGAAAAAUUCUUCUUCUUCUUGGAAAAUUUUAUGCAAUGCAGGUAAAGCUCUAGAUCCUUUCAUCAAAUGGAAUAUAGCUAAUAGUAAUUCCAUUAAUGUAUUCAAGGAUAAAUGGAUACUGGAUAGAAGAAUAAAUGAAUGGCCAACAUUUGUAGCUCCACAAGGUGAUGAGGAGUUUAUGCUGAGUAGAUUCAUUGAAGGUAAAAACUGGAAAGAGGAAAACCUGAAGCAGGUCUUUGGAGGGGACCUUGUGGAUCUAAUCCUAAAGAUCAACAUUAAUCCAAAUCAGGUAGAUGAUGAUAGAGAACUUAUUUAUCAGGGCUCAAGGAUGACAAUUCCUGGGAUGAUCAUUGACUUUCAAUAG